AUGUGCGUCUGGGCCGUCCUCUCCGCCUGCCCCCCAUCCCCCCGGGCCGCCGCCGCGUCCCCUUUAAAUGCCCGGGAGCCGGAGCCGGAGCCGGAGCCGCGGCUAGCGCUGCGGCAGCCGCAGCACCCGGGCCCUCCGCAGUCCCCGCACGUCACAAGCGACUGUCCAAUCACGGCGGCGCCGGCGCACAUCAAAGGGGCGGGCCGCCCGCGGGCCACGCCUCCCGGCUGCCCCGGAGACUCCCGGAGCGCCGGCGAAGGUGGGAUGGGACGCAACGGGAGAGGCUCGCCGCCCCCACGGGUCCCCCAGCCUCGCACGGGCCUCGGCGCCCGCCGGGCGUUCCCCUCGCUUCCUGGUUUGUGGUCGGGGAGCGCGGAGCGUGUCACGUCCAGGAAAGAAGAGUUCGUCUGCGGCGGGGACCCGGCGUCCGGCAGGCAGCGGCCCCCGCCCAGCCCCGGCCACGCCCCUGCAGGCGCCACGUCCCGGGCCGGGCACAGUCGCCGGGAGGGACGCCCUCCCCCGGGCUGCGCCGGGCCGCAGCGGGGCGGGGCCGAGGAGCUCUGCGCCCGCCACCUGGGAGCCCACGUCCCCGCCGCGCGCACGACCCAGGAGCGGUGCGCCCGCCACGCCCGUGAUCCGGGAGCCCUGUCCCCGCCGCGCGCACGAUCCAGGAGCGGUGCUCCCGCCACGCCCGUGAUCCGGGAGCCCCGUCCCCACCACGCCUGCGACCCUGGAACCGUGCGCCUGCCACGCCCGUGA